AUGCCAGAAAUAGGGCCGAUGAUGCGCGCACUCGAGCUGCAGAGGCUGAUAGAGGACAAAGUGGCCGAAUGGCGCGAAAGGUCAGCGAGGGUCGCCGGAGCAACCGUAGCCGACGCUUAUCAACAGCCACUCAACUUCAAACGACACACAUAUAGACGUAAGAACAACGCUGAAAUAAACAGAAUUAUCGCAAAGUACUCAAAGCCCACUAAGAGAGCAGACGAACCCUAUUCGAUAGCGCGUGUCAUUUCGGAAACGUCCCCAAAACGCCCACCGAGAUCUAAGAAAUUAACAAACACAAAAGUGUUGUCUAAAAGUGAAGAUAAUCUGGCAAGCAUCGGCGAAAUGGAGGUCGAAACGGAACCAAAACAAGAAACGAAGUCUUACUUCACACUAUCCAAGUACAACACCAAAAGUUGUGAAGAUGUCACAGCGUUCGUUGAUAUACAUCACCAUGUGAAAAGUAAAAAUUUCGAACAGAAUAGUAUUUUAAAUGCCAAAACAGUCGUGCCAAAUCGAAGACCUAAGCUGCAUAGUAUUUGUGAAGGUGUUACGGACAUUUCGGAGUUCUCGGACAGUGGUUUAGAAUGUGGUGAUACGUCUUUUGUUACAUCAACGCCUCUGUCUAAAAGAAAAACGUGUCCUCCUGGUGGAUCAGUGUCAACAUUAAAUUUUGAAAGGGUUACCAAAAAACCCAACAGUGUUAGUGAGAUGCGAAAAGGUGUGUCUGAACCGAAUAUCCUUAGUGCAGAUGCUAGUGAAAGUGGAAGUUCAAAGACUAUUGAUUUUAGAAAGCGCUGGAAAAUGUUAAAGCCACCUUUUAAAAAAGGGGCUUUCGAUUGUUUACUGUUAUGGCGUGGGAAGAAACAAAACCCGACGACAGAGAACAACACCCGGAGAAUACAAGAAGUAGACGACAGUUUCUUCGAAAAGUUUGGAUCUAUUCUAAAGCAAGCUUCUCAAAAAGCCGCUUUAGAGGAAUCGACACCUUUAGCACCUCUGAAGGAGGUUGAAGAACAAGAUGGGGAGCAAAAAGUUGAACAGGACUCUAAGAGCAUCUUAAGGGAUUCUGAUAGUGGCAAUGAGACCCUGCUGGACACUGAUUCUGAACCAGAGGAACAUGAUAAAAUAGAUCGCUAUGUCGAGGCGGUCGGCUGGAACGUCGAUGAACUUUAUUUGGAAGUACUUUACGAGAUCCUGCACAAUGUCGGGGGAUGUGACGUAGGGUGCGAAGUCGGACAGCUUGCUAUGCUGUCCUACAUACAAGAAGCCUUCAAAAUAGCUAAUGACAAACACACAGAACUGCUCACACAAGCUGAAGCGAAGGAACCACCGGAGUUGAUGCUCAAUGUGGAAGUGGUUGAAGCCAAAGAGUUGGUUCCUAAAGACCCGAAUGGUCUAAGUGAUCCUUUCGUCACAAUAUAUUUGAUGUCAAACCCGUCACAUAGGUACAACACCUCAGUCAAGUCGGGAACUCUUAACCCGUCAUGGGAGGAACAUUUUUCUUUGCCAAUGCCAGGAAGUGUGCAAGAAGAUUCCCUUGUGUUGGAAGUGUGGGACUUUGACCCCGCGGAGACUGUGAAGGAGAAAAUGACAAAGAUAUUUGAAGUUAAAGGAGUGAAGGGGCUCAGGAAGCUUAUGAAGGAGAUAGCUAUCACUGCUUCUACAGGGAAGCAUGAUAAUGAACUAAUUGGGACAUCUAAUAUUCCACUCAAAUCAAUUCCCGCCGGAGGGAUGAACAUGUGGUACAGUCUUAGCAAGAAGAGCAAGCUAAGACGACAGGGCGUUGUCAAAGUACGGCUCAACUUUUCUUCAGAGAAGAAUUCCCAAGUAGCAGCUCAAGAACACAGGCACCUCCUCAGGAUCAUACUCCUACAUGAGCUCGAAAACUCAAAGGUGGCACCAUACUGGUGGUGCGGCAACUACAGCGCAGCAGCGGAAGCCAUCUUGACACAGCACGUGGCGCAGAGCGGCCUCAGCGCCACCGACAACUGUCUGGCGCAGUGGGCAGUCUACUGCGCCGUCACCACAGACCAUCCGCUCAGCUUCGCACUCUUCAACACCUUGCUCGAUAAAAUCACCAAGCCCUUACAAUCGGGUCUAAUUAAUGAAGAGGACGUCAAGCUGUUCUGGGAUGGCGCGCGGAAACUUCUCCCAACAUGCUACAGUCACAUUAGGAAACUAAGGAAGAAGACUGCUGGCGACAAAACUGUCAUGAAGACGCUCAAAGAAGUUCUCAAAAUUCUAUACAAGUUGUCCGUGUUAGAUGCUCCGGAGAGUUUGGACUUGUUCCCAGUGAAUCUGUAUGGAUGGCUGCGGGAUGAUAAGGAAAAGUUAACGAUUCACAUGGUGCUGGAGCAGGCUGUGAUACAGGGUGCUUCGGAUUGGUUCGUCCACAUACUGGACAACAACGAGUGCAAGGACAACACGGAGGACACGAGGCUACAACAUCUGAUCAGAGUCAUACAGUUAGUUCGAUCAGAUCUGCAGCGAGCCGUCGAGUAUUACGACAGAUUGUUUGUUGAAGUCAUGGGCUUCCCAUAUUCUAAGGCUUUGUACGGGUUGUAUGAAAGCAAGUUGGCGUCGUUGGUGGAGUCCGAGGUGGUGGAUGUUUGUAAGAGUUUGAAGAGGUUGCGAUACAGCGAGGGGUCAACUACCACUCUGGCUGGAGGCAUCAAUGGAGAGACCGGACUAGGGGCCUCCGCCGUCGGCUCAGAACCCCUGACUAUGGGAACUACUUUGUUUGAGCUGUACCUCACUCUGCAAAGGUUUUUAACAUUGGGCCAAGGGCUGAACGAGACUGACUGGCAAUCAUACGCCAUAUCAAAAUUCCACGCGUGGUUCUUUGGGGGCGUGGCCCAGUGGUUGGACAUCGCCGCAUACAAGGCACUCACGCGCAUCGAGAAGGCCGUGGACCUUGAUACUUUGGCCCCAGUGGACACCAACGUCAAGUACAGUAGCUCCGGAGUCGAUACCCUGGCGAUAUUCUACCAGAUCAAGAUAUUCUGGCAACAACUCGCAUGGCCCGAUGUCGAAGGCUGCUACACAUUUGUAGCCAAAAUUAUUGAUGACAUCUGCCGCUGUUGCGUAUUCUAUUCGGACAAGAUGGCGAGUCGUGUGGACAACGUGGGACUAGUGAGCAAUGUGUUCGAGGAGCGGUUUGAAGUGACCACAGACUGGUGCGUCGCCAUCAACAACAUCGACUACGUGCGCCAGAGUCUCACGCCCUUCGUCCACGAGCUCGGUAUGGAGGAAAUCAUACAGAAGAUGUGUGAAGCUCGCUCUCCUGUGGAAGCACAGAGAUGUAAGGAGACACUUCAGAACGUCAUCGCAAAUGCGAUAGAUACUGUAAGAAAUAAAAUUGUGGAUCUUUUGGAAAUCAUGGUUAGAAAGAUGAUGCCAUCCAUCACACGUUUCUUGAUGGAAGGAGCGGAACUCUUGCAUCAAGACUGUUCGAGCAUGGACCGCGUUAUGCGCUAUUUAGAAGCAAACUUGGACACUUUGUACCAACACUUGAACAACGAAAACUUCUCCAGAACACUGGAGAUUGUAUGGGAACAAUUGGGUGAAGUGCUUUACGAACUCAUUCAAGCUAAUUUGGAGCACCGAAGGGCAAAGAUAACUCGGUAUAUCGACCCGCGACGCUUGAGCAAAUCGGCAGCCGCCAGCCUCGACGCGAAACGGCGUCCGCCAUCAUUCUUCUCGAAUCUUCACGAAUGUCUUAAAAUAAUGAUACGAUCGUUCCGCCAAGACAAUAAAGACACUUAUUCAUCGGAAACUUUGAAACGUGUAGAGUAUUUAUUGAAAUUACAUGGCAUGGAGACUAGAGAACUCAUUCAUCAGUUCCAUUUAGAAAGGUGGCAAGAACAACAGACUAUACAGGAGCCUAAGAUGGGCAUGCUAACUGUUAGAGCGCAAUUCGUAGAUGACAAUUUAAAGAUUGAGAUUAUGAAUGCAAGGAAUUUGACUCCGGCUGACUCAAACGGUCUCUGCGAUUCGUACGUUCGAGUGGCCUUACUCCCUGAAGAUUCUUUCGCCAACGUACAGAAGCCAAAAACACAAACUCAUAACAAGAAUUUGUUCCCGCUAUAUGAUGAAAUAUUCCAAAUCCCCCUAACACCAGAGCAGCGGCGACUGACAGACGGUCUGAUCCACUUAGUGGUCAAGGACAAGGAUAUGUUCAGCGUGAGCAACACGUUCGUGGGCGAAGCAUACUUACACUUCAGCGAGGUGCCAGACACGCCCGCACCCAUCUCCAGUCUGCCGCAGCAGUUACUGCCGCUCUCCAGACCUACUAGUAUAGAUGGCGAAGCAAUCAAAGCUCUAGAAACUCGGCAAGGUGACAGACAAGCUCGAGACUUCGUUAAGAAACAAAGAGCUAAGUUCCCGAGCACAAAGCAAUUCUUCUCUCUUGGCUGA